AUGCCCAAACAUGGAAGCUGGGUAAUAUCAGCAAUACUGUUAUCGACUGUUUCUUUGGCUCAAUCACAAUGCCCACAACUGCAACCUCCUUGCCAAUGUGCCCCAUCUAUUUAUGAACCCGUUGCCAUUAUUUGUGAAAAUGCUGGAAGUUUAUCCAACGCUCUGGCUGCAAUUCAAGCAGCCAAGGGAACACCGGUAAGCUGAAAUCUUAAUGCGAUAUAUUGCAACGUAAUUUGGGUCAUGGCAUGUUUUGCAUCUAUGAUGUUUAACACCCAUUUUUGUCACAUCGUCAUCUGCUUUUUGCUCCUAUAAUUUACCUUGUAUAACCAUUUCCAGAUCGACUCGCUCACCAUUGUUGACACAGCCAUCUCCUCGCUACCGGCAAAUGCAUUUGAAGGGUUUUUGAUCCUUCGAUUGGUCCUCAAUCGGAACACAUUGAACCAGAUCCACGACGACGCCUUUAAUGGGCCCCUUCUCGACUCCCUUGUUGAACUCGACCUCACGGAUAACCAUCUUGGAGGAGUUCCACAAACCGGGAUCAGACAUCUGCGCAAUCUUCGGAAAUUAUAUUUGAAUAGGAAUAGGAUCAGUGGGUUGGAUGCGAAUAGUUUCACAAAUUUCGAGAGCAAGGAUAUUCUGCUGAAAUUGGAGUUGGCCGGGAAUCGGCUAACUGACAGUGCGUUGGGCGAUGGAGCCGUGCUGAGGCCGUUGAAGAGCCUGCAAGAGCUGAGUUUCGAAACAAACGCUCUUACUCAAAUACCUAGUGCUGCACUGGUGAAUCAGAAGAACUCGCUGACUAAUUUGAACUUGGGAUUGAAUCAGGUAAAAAAUAGGGACAUAGAUGGUCCAUGAAAUUUUUUUAAUCGAAUCCUUGACUCUUUAGUCAUCAAAAGAAAGUUUUUUUCUUUUUUUAGAUCAACGAUGUGCCCGUUGGAGCGCUUGACUUCCCCAUCUUGACCUCUCUUUCUCUCGAGUUCAAUGGAAUCACCGUAAUUAUCCCUCAGGCUUUUCAAGGCGUCCCAACUCUUCAAUAUCUCUACUUGACCGGCAAUAAAUUCCCAGCAUGGCAGCCGGAAAUGUUCCGUUAUAUAAAUCAGCUGAGAACGCUGGGAAUUGGCGAAACUCCAAUUUCAGUCAUCCCUUCGAAUGCUUUUAUUGUAAGUUUAUUCUUUUUCAUGGGGGACAAGUUUGGUUUCUCCAUUAUGUUCGGUUCUUUCAGCACACACCCAAUCUUAUUCGCUUGGAAAUGAGCGAAGCUGCGGUGGAUACGAUCGAACAAGGCGCUUUCCAAAGGACUCCAUUGAUUCAAGCUAUUAUCAUGAACAAGAAUCGACUUACCACGUAAGAAUGUUCCUAAAAUUUUAGCUAUUGUAACAUCACAUUUCUUUCUAUAAUAUUUAGAACUGUCAAAUUUUUAUUACCUUCAGAAUCCGCGCUGAUAUGUUCCAAGGUCUGAACGAUCUCUAUUCCAUUGAUCUCCAAGGUAAUAGAAUCGACACAGUCGAGCCAAUGGGUUUUGCGAACCUCCCCAGUCUGCGGCAUUUAGACAUCAGGUAAGCUAUCUAAUUUGCUCCAAAGUUUACCAUAUUUUAGUUACAACCAGCUGCAAACUAUGCCAUUAGACACCUUCGACGGCUCCUUCCAACCAGUCCCCAAUGACCGUCGGGUAAUCUAUGCUUGUGCCAACCCUUGGUUAUGCGAUUCCCGGCUUGAAUGGUUCCGUCAAUUGUUGAGAGACAACCUGGAUAUUGACAUCGAUAAACCGGGCUGUGUGGCGGCUUGUAUGAGCUCUGUGAACAACUGCCCACCGGAAGGAACUCCACUGAGGGCUAUCGACUUUUGCCCCAUAAGCGACAAUCCGUUGCCUUUGACUGGGACGGCGUUAUCAUUGGUUGGGUGGAUCAUAUUGGGUGAGGAUUUUAUCAAUAUAAUCAAGACAUUUUUCUAUAAUGCUCAGAGAAGUCGAAAUUCUCUAUUUGUGAAUUCAAAUUCUUUUAUUUCUGCGUUUUCAGCGAUCAUCAUGACGAUUCUGUUGAUCAGCAUCUGCCUGAUGGCGUUGAUUCGUUAUGGAAUGAGCCACCGUCACAAGAAACAAAAGGACCACGAGAUCGAAGAUGAACAACGUAUUAUGUCCUGUAAGUAUCUCUUUUCAUUUAUAAUGAAAAGCGUGCGCACGAAAUUAAUCCGAUCCGAUAAAGUUGAUUCAGUGCGUGCAGAAAGUUCAUUGAUACGACUUUUGUUUUCUAAGGCUAAUGGAACAUUUGCACUGUGCGCGGGAAAAAAAUACAGUAAAACUAUUGCAAAGGGUCGCAAUUUAAAACUGAAAUAAAAUCCUAAACGAUCAAAAUGAUGACUUAUUUUUAGCAUCAGUCUACAACACCUCGAUGUAUCGAUCAUACGCUCCAUCAGCAGCUGGUGGUGUGGAUUUGGACCUGCCGGCCGCUCACACCUUGGAUGACAGGCCUAAUUACUUUAUAUAA